CUCCAGCUUCCCUACCUUACUUAUUCUCCCAACAUUCCUGCCGACACUUCCAGCGGCCUCUUCUGAUUUCCAAUUGACUUUAAUCUCGAAGGGAGGUUAAGUGCGGGGAAGAGGCAGCGCAGAGGCAGCGCAGACGCAGCAUCAAUCUGCGCGUCUGAUGGCGUGAUCGCAUCGGGGUGACUUCUUCAUUUGUUUCUGCUGAUCAUCAUCCUCCUUUCACCACCAAACAAUCAUCGCAAAUAUGCCUCCUACCAACGACGCUCUGGAGGGAGCCGCCCAGCCACUACUCACUCAGCCAGGUGAGAGAAGCUAUGCGGCCACUGCCCAAGAAGGUGCGACCGUGGAAGAUCACCGCCCCGGUGCAUUCAAGCGGAACCUAGGCACCAUCGAAGCUUUCGGUAUCAUCAUCAGCAUCGUGAUCGGGAGUGGAAUCUUUACUUCACCGGGGUCAAUCGAUACCAAUGUUCCUUCGCCCGGAGUGGCUCUCGUGGUAUGGCUCGUGGGUGGCAUCCUCGCCUGGACCGGCGCUACGACUAUGGCUGAGCUGGGCACUGCCAUUCCUGGUGAAGGUGGUGUGCAGCCGUAUCUGCAGUAUAUCUUCGGUGACCUCUGUGGUUUUCUGGCCGCCUGGACUUGGAUCAUUGCCGUCAUGCCGGCCACCUUGGCCAUUCUGAGCAUCGUCUUCGUUGAGAGCAUUUACUCGGCCGCUGGCGUAACUGACCAAGCUGCGGCACUGUCGCACAAGCUGUUGUCAAUUCUGAUCCUUGUCGUGGUCAGCGUGGCGAAUUCCAUCAGCACCAAGGUCAGCACGCGGCUCAAUAGGUUCUUCGUCAGCACCAAGUUCGUCACCAUCGCUGCGGUGGUGGUGGCGGGGCUGGGUGUUGUCAUCGCCCAUCUGGUCAAGUCCGACAGUGCCCAUGGGUCCCGAGACUGGUUUCAGAAUCCCUGGUUCGGCUAUCGCAACACGGUCACUCCGGAUGGAAAGCUGAUUGACUGGCAUGACGUUGCUGGGUGGGAACUGCUGGGGUACUACUCGACUGCCUUGUACGGUGCACUCUGGGCUUAUUCGGGCUGGGAUAAGGCGAUCUACAUCAGCGCAGAACUGUCUGCUCCGGCGCGUCAGCUUCCCUUGGCUAUCAACUCCGCCGUACCCCUCAUCAUUCUCUGCUUCAUCGCCGCGAAUGCGGCAUACUAUAUUCUCCUGCCGUGGAACGUGGUAUCCACGACGGACAGUGUGGCUGUUACUGCCAUAACUCAUCUUCUCGGCCCCGCAGCCGGCAUCAUCGCCGCGAUCUUGAUCUGUCUCGUCGUCGCUGGAUCCCUACUGGGCAAUUCUUUUGUCGCGGGUCGCAUGGUGGUUGCCGCUGCUAACAGGAACUGGCUGCCUCAACUACUGGGAGUUAUCGGUCAGCUGGGACGGCCCUCCUACUCGAACCAGACUCUCAGCUCCGAUGCACCUAUCAACGCUAUCGUCCUCUCGACCAUCUUGCCAAUUUUCUAUAUUCUCUUCGGCAACUUCCGAGCUUUGCUUACCUUUAACGGUUUAGGAGAGUACUCGUUCUUCUUCUUGACGGUAGUCGGAGCGAUCCUGUUGCGCUUCCGCGAACCGGACCUCGAGCGGCCCUACAAACCCUUCCUGGGAAUUCCGAUUAUCUUUGCGCUGGUGAGUGGGUUUGUGGUGACGCGGGGGGCGGUGUUUGCACCAUUCCAGGCGGUCAUUCUGAUUGUGCUGUGGGUGAUCGGGGCGGGAUUCUAUGUUCUGCGUAAGCGGUGGCUGAAGGGGGAAGAGAGAUAUGCUGCGGUGCCGACUGGGGAGGGCGAGGCAGAGGCCGAGUAGUGCUGCUUGGAGAAGUGUCGUCUACUCAGACGGUUGACAAUAAAUGAGUCGAAGUUCAUCGUGUUGCAAGGGAGCAGCUUUGUGCAACGUGGAUGGGGACUGCUGGGGAUUCGCCUUCCAGACAUGCUAUUGCCACUAGUGCAGCUGGCAUGAGAUACCAGGAAGUAUAUUAACCUAGAGGAGGACAAUAAAUACAAAUUGAGAAGCUCCUAGCGUCAGCAUAUAGAAAAAGAAGUUCCACACUUCGACAUUCGAACAUCCC